GCUCGCUGCUCGAAUAGUGGACUUUUUUUUGGUCCGAAUUGGAUCUUGUAGUUAAAAGGGUUUGAGGGGUGUGUGUGUGUGAGAAGAGGGAGAAAAAAAUAACCUCAUUGGUUUGUAAAUUGGGGUGAGUGAGCGGGUUUUAAUUUCAACAGUUUGGAUAGCCUGAUGAUUUUGAUCAGUGACUUUUAACCCCUGUGGUUCUGUCCUGGUUGUGAGCUUGCUUCCACAUGCAAUUGUGGGUGGAGGUAGCGGGGAAAGUACCUUCUCAUUUGUGCACGGUACCUCUAUGUUAACUGAGUCUUCUUUGCCUGCAGCUUAUCAAAAAGAUAGAUUUGCUCUACUUGAUUUCUCAAAGCUUUCUUACAUUGGCUGCUUCAAAAAGGUGCCUGCUACAGCUUUUCAAGCAGUGUGGUUGCAAAAUAAUGUCAGUGUGAGGAAACUUAGCCAAGGAACAUGGAUAUACCUUUGCUGCCAUUUUUUAACUGUUAAGCUUUGGACUCUCCCAGAAUGCUGAGCAUAACCCGGUUAGCCCUGGGGAACAAGAUUAUAGGGUUGUCUUUGCGUGGUAAGGCCUCCCUUGCUGCCACGAUGGUGAAAUAUCGGAGGAUGCGGAAGCCAACAGAACCACAGAACUGGGCAGUGGAUUAUCAGGAGAAAUACAUCCCGUUUUCCAAGAGCCAACUGGUUGAAGCCCUGGUAAAGGAGUUUCACUCUUCUAAUCAUAAAGAACGCAUCUCAUUCUUGCAGUUUGUGUCUCAGGUGGACUCAUCCCUUGUACAUCAUUACUAUUCUGUUUUGGAGCAGCUACAGAAACACUAUACACCUAUUGAUCCUGACCGGGACACACUGCAGGAGUUCUGUUUGACAGAUGCUGAACGGUUAAUGAAAGAACAGAAAGUUUUGGCCAUGAUGGAACCACUGUUGGAUCAGGCCAACUUCAACAAGUUGUCAGAAGAAGCACUGGCUUAUGCACUGAUUGUCAAUCACCCUCAUGAUGAAGUCCAGGUAACAGUGAAUUUGGAUCAGUACGAAUAUAUUACCUUCUGGGCUCUUGGCCAACGGAUAGGACCUCUGCGAGUGAUGGCUGCAACUCGAGCCGAGAGGACCGGCUUAUUUGGCACUGCUCGGAUUCCUGCAGACAGGCAUUACUUCAAACGAGUUAUAGUGGCUGCCCGAACCAAGAAUUCCCAUCUGGUGCUGAAAUGCUUUAAGGACAUCCCUUUGGAAGGACUGGAGCAGCUGCUGCCCCUGGUCAAAGUCCGCACCUCCAUCUUCCACAGAGCCCUGCUCAACACCAUGCUGGUUGUGAGCGGCUUGGCCCUCUUUGUGAACGUGGGCAUGGUGGUGCUGUCCGACCUCAAGAUAGGCACCACCACCCUGCUCUUCCUGUUUGCUGCCUUGAUGGCCUUCCGGGCCUGGAAGGUCUUUGGCCAGCGAAGGAACAUCCACUCUCUUGAGCUGGUGCAUAUGCUGUACUACCGCAGCACCUCCAAUAACUCGGAGCUUUUGGAUGCCCUCACUCUGCGGGCCCAGGAGGAGCAUGCCAAGGAAGUCAUCUUGGCGCACAGUUUCCUCUUACAGCACCACCAGCAACAGCAACAGCCCUUGCCAAAGGAGACAAGGGUGGAAACAGACUCCAACCCUGUUGAACACGUGAGGAAGCAAGUUGAGGCUUGGCUGCACCUGCGUUCCGGGCUGGAAAUUAACUUCUGUGCCGAACGUGCCUGCCAGCAUCUCAAGGAAUUGGGAGUGAAGGGAGCAGCCCAUCCUGUCAUUGGAUAAGAGCUUCCUAGGAUUGUUUUAAUUGGUGUUUGGGGCUGUAAAUCAGCCUUGUCCCUGUGGUAUUGGGCAUGCCAGGUUUUGACGGCAAGAGGAUGCAAAGCUUAUUUUUUUCCAAAGGUUUAAGGGAACAGUGCCCCGUGGUGUAAUUAUUUGUGCCACAUGGAUCCUUAGAAGCUAUUGGAUGUCAGCUCCUGAGAUGUGCUUCCUUUUAGCACCAGAUUUUCUUUCAGAUAUCCCGUGGAAAACGUGCUGUAAUAUUAACAUUUGCAUGCUAUGAAAAUACUAUUUGGAGUACAACCUUAGACCUCAUUAUACAAAGCCAUAAUGCACCUCAGAUUCUCUUCUUUGCAGAGAGGAGCUUUCUUGCUUUUAAAAUAGCAGCAAUUUUUAUUAGGCACACUGGUUUUUUUUUCUUCCUUUGAGCUGUUUAUUUUUCUUUCCCCAAGGAACGAGUGGAAGCAGUUUACAUAUAAAAUGAGCACUGUGCAAAGCAGUGAGUCUCUUUUGCAUUUAGGGCGAGAUGAGUUUUUAAUAUCAUGUGCUAGCCUGCUGGGGGCAUUCCUGAAAAAUACAUUAAAUCACUUCUAUGGCACUUUGAAUUGUACAGUAUACACUUAAUGCCAAGCCAUAUCGCACGCUAGGAUUCCCUGCUCUAAUUUUUUUUUCCCUGCCAGUUUUACAGAGGUGGCAGAGGUUCAUGCUUUCCAUCCUGUGUGGUCCUGAACAAAAUAGCAAAUUUAGGUUAUCUGUGGAGGGGGAAAAAAUCCAACAGGUAAGUCCUGAGUUACUGGAAGAACAGAUCCCUCUUCCUCUCGGUGCAGUAAUUUUUACACUGAAACAUAAAUAUUUGCUCUUCAAAUUUGA